GGGAUCAGGAGCCUGUUGCACAAAAGUAGAAUUAAGACAUCCGGGAUAAAUGACUCAGCUGAGCUCAAUGAAGCCAAAACAUGUGCGUCCAGGCUUAAUUGGUUGCACAAAGACCAAGCCAGGAUGAGCAGACACGGAUUCAUUAAGCCAGGUGAAACCAAUCCUGGAUAGGUGCGCGCUCACGGCUCACUCAAAUAGACCCCGCCACAGAUCACAGAUUAACUGAUUUACCAUGGCAACUAGAGCCGCGUACUUUUCCCCGUCGGAAGCACAAAUCCUCAUGGAGGCAUACGAGGAGGUAAAAGAUAUAAUUAAGAAGAAAGGCAACACCGCCACAGUGAUAAAGCAAAGAGAAAAAGCGUGGCAAAGUAUUGCAGACCGCCUGAAUGCAUUAAACAUGAACGGGCCAAAACGGACAUGGCAGCAGGUCAAAAUCAAAUACAAGAACAUUCUGCAGAAUGCAGUGAAAAAGAAUACCCACAGACAAGGCACGGGUGGUGGGUCACCAAAGGCUGACCUUACCCGAGCAGAGGACAUGGCCUUGGAGCUAAAUAAAGGCAGGCCCGUCUUAGAGGGGAUCCCUGGGGGGAAAGAGACGAGCAUAGGUUCCUCCCAAGAUGCCACCCGCUUCAUUCAAGUGCCUGGCAGCACUGUGUUCCUGUUAGAGCCACCAGCACAAGCACCAGACGAUGCUGAUCCAGGUGAAGGCCCCAGUGCAGCAGCAACAGCACAUGAUGGAGACGAUGAUGAGGAGGAGACCAUCUCUCUGGAUUCCAGAAGGCAUGAGGACCCAGAUGCUAUACAGUGGGAAAACCAGCCUGGCAACAUAAGCUCACAAGCUAUCAGAAAGUUGUAUGGCAACCACCUCCGGCGCCAAAUAGAACUGGCAGACAUAGACAUUCAGUACAAGAAGAAAAAGAUGGAAAAUCUUGCACUGGAGUCCGAAAUAAAAAAAAGAGGACAAUUAGGAAACUGGACCUUGAAAUAAAAAAACUUGAGAGGGAGCUCCAAGAAGAUGACACAGCUCAAAAUAAAAAUUAGCAAUCAGUACAACCAAGUCAUCGUUAUAAGGCAUCGCCCUCUUUUGCCCACCCCCCAGCACCAGGUGUGGCCACUAGCCUAUAUGAAGGCCCAAAAUUGUGUGUUCCUUUCUGCUCUGACAAUGGCAUGCCCAUUCGUGCGAGAUGUGGUGGAUGAAGAAGCACUUGUGCUGAGGAGAGCCUUCAGGCGAGAAAGGGUCUUCAGGGACCGGUUGGACCCACUGGCCUUCCCUGAUGACCAUCUAUAUGAAAGAUACAGGUUUUCUGCAGAUGGCAUCAGGUAUCUAUGCAGACUACUGGGUCCCAGGAUUAAGCACCGCACUGCACGGAGCCAUGCACUGAGUGUGGAGCAAAUGGUUUGUGUGGCCUUGCGCUUUUUUGCUAGUGGAGCCUUCCUGUACUCAGUGGGGGAUGCAGAACAGCUGAACAAGGCCACAAUUUGCCGCACAAUAAGGAGUGUGUGUCUGGCUAUCAAAGCAUUAGCAGAUGUCUUCAUCUCUUCCCUGGCCACAGAAGACUCUGUGACAUCAAAGAGGAGUUAUAUAGGAUUGCAGGUAAGAGGAUCUACAAAUUACAGGACAACUGUUAACACAUAGUAGGAUACUCAUUACUUUGUGUGACAGGUUUCCCCAAUGUCAUUGGUGCAGUGGACUGCACACACAAGGAUAAAAGCCCCCUCAGGUGCCCAUGAGGCCGAUUUUGUGAAUAGGAAAUCCUUUCACAGCAUUAAUGUUCAGGUGAACAUAACUUUUUGAUAUUGUCCAUUGACGAACACUCUGCAUUGCCAGUGAUGUGCAUUGAUUGGUGUAAUAUUCCUCAUCUUAUGAUUUCAGAUGGUCUGCAAUGCUGACUGUGUGAUCAGCAAUGUUGUGGCAAAAUGGGCUGGCUCAGUCCAUGACUCCAGAAUCUUUCGGGCCUCUGAAAUCUAUCAGUGCCUAUCACAAGGUGAAUUCUCUGGUGUGUUGCUGGGAGACAGGGGGUAUGGCUGCCAGCCUUUUCUCCUGACACCUUUCACAGACCCCCAGGAAGCACAGCAGGCCUACAACCAUGCCCACGCCAGGACCAGGGCCAGAGUUGAAAUGACCUUUGGCCUCCUGAAGGCACGCUUUCACUGCCUUCACAAAUUAAGGGUCAGCCCUGUUAGGGCAUGUGAUAUUACUGUGGCUUGUGCUGUCCUCUACAAUGUGGCCUGCCUGAGGAAGGAGAGGGCCCCCAGAGUGCCACCAGCCAUGGACUGGGACAAUCCGGCAAUCUUCCCUGAUGACGACAGUGGUCGGCUGCUGAGGGACCAAUAUGUGUUGAAUUAUUUUAGUUAGUAUGUGUGCUUUCAAUUUUGGUUAAAUAUGUCCUGCGGUGGCAGAGGAAUUUGGGUUUUUUUGGUUCGUUUUUUGACGAAUUUGGCCUCUUAUGAUGUUUGUGCGGUAUACUGUGUGUAAUACAAGGCUGCAGGGAGGCUACUGCAUCCAUUCAUUUGUCUGUUCAGUUGAUGUGUAUGGAUUUGUCCUGCAUUUAUUUUAGUGUGCAGACAUGCAGGGUGUGUUCUAUACAGACCUUUGAAUGUGUAUGUAUCAUUUUGUAUAAUAUGCUUGGAUUCUGUGCUUUCCAUCUUGUAGAGUCACUGUGACUUCAGUUUCGAAAGGAGCUGAUGGUUUACCUGCUUUGUUUUGUCCUUAUUCAAUAAAGGAACAUAAUGUUA